AUGGCCCCCGAUCAGGUCAGGUUUUGGGGAGGUGGACGGGGGAGAUGGAGGCGGGAGGUAGACAUCGUCCCCUUCUCUUUCCCUGGGUUGUCUACUGUACACUUGUUGUCCACUUCACUUCACCUCGACUCGCUACCGAGCGCAUAUCGUCAAGCCACCAUGGCUCAAAAGACUGCGGGAGGCAAUGCUGCCUUUCACAACUACCACAAUGACUUUGCACACAUUGAAGAUCCCAAUGAGCGGAGACGUCUUGCGCUCGCUGAAAUCGACAAGGCGCCCUUUGGCUGGUACCAUAUCCGCGCCAUUCUCGUUGCCGGGACAGGCUUCUUCACCGACAGCUACGACAUCUUCUGCGUCUCGCUCCUGACCAUCAUGUUGGGCAUCGUCUACAGGAACGACAACAAGGGUGUCCUCAGCACGCCUCAAGACACCGCCAUCAAGCUGUCGACCUCCGCCGGUACCGUCAUUGGACAGGUGGGCUUCGGGGCGCUCGCUGACAUUGUCGGUCGCAAGAAGAUGUACGGUCUCGAGUUGAUUCUCAUCAUCGUGGCUACGCUUGCACAAUCGCUCGUUGGCCCUGGACCUGGGGUUUCCGUCGUUGGACUGAUCAUUUUCUGGCGUGUGCUCAUGGGAAUCGGCAAGUUGAACUGUAUCGGUGGUGACUACCCCCUGUCUUCCAUCAUCACAUCCGAGUUUGCUACCACAAAGUGGCGCGGUGCCAUGAUGGGCGCCGUCUUCGCCAUGCAAGGUUUCGGCCAGCUCGGUGGUGCCCUUGUGAUGCUGUGCCUCGUGGCCGGCUUCCAGCACAAGCUCGAAGCCGCCAAGGACUAUGCGGCUUGCACGGGCGACUGUCAGGUUGCUGUCGACAGAAUGUGGCGCGCUUUGAUCGGCAUUGGCAUCGUCCCUGCCUGUAUUGCUCUCUACUACCGCCUCACCAUCCCCGAGACGCCCCGCUACACCUUUGAUGUUGCGCGUGAUGUCGAAAAGGCCAAUGUGGACACCAAGCAGUACCUCUCUGGCAAGCACGGCGAGGGCUCCCCCGACGAAAUCACUCAAAUCACGGCUCGCCAGACCAGCGCCGCUCAACUGGACGUCCCCAAGGCUUCCUUUAAAGACUUCUUCCGCUUCUACGGCAAACUCAAGAACGGCAAGAUCCUGUUUGGAACGGCCAUGUCCUGGCUCCUACUCGACGUUGCCUUUUACGGUCUCGGCCUGAACGCGUCCACGGUUCUCCAAGCCAUUGGGUACGCAGGUGGCAGCAACCUCUACCACCGCCUCUACAACCUCGCGGCUGGAAACUGCAUUCUCAUCUGCGCAGGCGCCAUUCCCGGAUACUGGCUCUCCGUCGCUACCCUCGAUACCGUUGGCCGCAAGCCUCUCCAACUCAUCGGUUUCAGCAUGCUCACGAUCCUCUUCAUCAUCUGGGGCUUCGCCUACCACAAGCUCUCCAGCCACGGCAUGUUGGCCAUUUACAUUCUCAUCCAGCUCUUCUUCAACUGGGGCCCCAACACCACCACCUUCAUCGUCCCCGGCGAAUGCUUCCCCACCCGCUACCGCUCCACCUCUCACGGCAUCUCCGCCGGCUCCGGCAAAAUCGGCUCCAUCAUCGCCCAAGGCGCCAUCUCGCCCUUGCGCACCCGCGGCGCCACAAAGUCCAACGCAAACCCCUGGCUCAACCACGUCAUGCAAAUCUUCUCGGCCUUCAUGUUCGCCGGCAUCUUCACCACGCUGCUGAUUCCGGAGACGAAGCGGCGGACGCUCGAGGAUUUGGCGCAGGAUUGGGAUAUGGGGGGUGAGAGUAUUAUGGGCGAGGGGGUUUUGGCGAAGAAGGGGGAUCAGGAGAGUGCGGAGGGGGAGGGGGAGGGGGAGGGGGGAGUGAGGGUGUAG